AUGCCACAAGCUAUUCGUGCUUUUCGUAACUUAAAUCAUCCUGGACUCGUGAUGGCAGUCCAACGUAUCCAGCAGAUCGAAGAUGAAUUCCUGCUUGGGGGCUACGUGGCAAUGAUGCUGAAGGAGUAUGAAGAGGCUCAAGAACUGUUCCUCGCUUCUUCAAAACCAAUCGCGGCGCUUGAGAUGCGACGAGAUCUGCUUCACUGGGAUGCCGCCUUGCAGUUGGCGAGAAAUCUAGCCCCUGAUGAAAUCCCAUUCAUUUGUCGAGAAUACGCUACCGAAAUGGAAUGUGUUGGGGACUAUGUGAACGCUUUGAUGCAUUUUGAAAAGGCCAUCACACAACCAUUGGAUGAGCGGUCGACAAACAGUGACCAUUCGCUAAGACACGCGGUUGGUCGAGCAGACGAUCUGCUGAUGCUCUAUGAGGGCCAAAUGUGGAAAGAUGCGAGUCAGGAAUCAGCUCGGUGGCAGAACUGUGAGGAAGAAUCCUAUCUCGAACAUGUCAAAUUGUGCAAUGCUGGGAUUGCACGCAAUGCCAUUCGACUUGGGGAUUGGAAGAGGUAA